GUUACAAACCGGGAGACGACCCGAGGCAGUUCUAGUUAGUACAGUGUUAGCGUUUGCUUAAAAAAUGUUUUUUAAAUUCGAUGUACUAUGUUUGUGCUUUUUGACAUUUUUUGGAGCGGUAGACCUCUUUAAUAAUGGAGAUGACAUAAAAAGUGUGUCAUUCUUUCGAUUUACUGGACCAGUAAGCGGUAGAGCCGAACAAAUUAACGUUUAUAACCCCCAGUCUGGCACAUCUAAAGUCGAUUAUAUUGCAAAACCGGACUAUUCUUAUCACUAUGGGGUUCAAGACUCGAAAACUGGAAAUUUCCAAGGACACCAGGAGAACCGAAAUGGCGAUUCUGUUAAUGGAGAGUAUCGAGUGAUGGAAGCCAACGGUUUGGUCAGGAUAGUUCGAUAUACUGCUGAUCCGGAGUAUGGGUUUAAGGCUUUUAUCGAAUAUGUCAAGUUAAAAAAUGCCGAAUAG